AUGGAGAUUUCCAUGUCUACGGUAAUGUCGCCACAUGACGUUAAUGAAGAAACGCUAGUUGAAAUCUCGAAAGUGUGCAAUAUAUCCCCUGAGCAAAUAGAAGACAUAUACGCCUGUACACCUCUACAGAUUGCCACUGUAGCUGAAUCAGCCAUCUUCACCCAUGCCAGCAUGUUCCACUUUAUCUUCACGCUCUCUUCAUCAAUUGAUAUUGACCGCUUUUGCACCUCUCUUCAACAAGUUGUCUCGCUCAACGCUGUCCUACGAAGUCGCUUUGUCCACUGCCAGUACGGACUAGUACAGGUUGUCACGAGCGAGAAUCACCAUACAAAGCGUCUAUCUGGAGAUGUUGAGCAGUAUUUAAGUGUGGAAAAAUCGAGGCCAUUGGAUUUAGGAGAACCCUUGUUCCGAACUGCGAUCAUCGACCGCAAGUUGAUCCUUACGAUGCACCACGGAAUCAUGGACCAUGCAUCUAUGACCCCUUUAUUUAAGGAAAUAUUGAGUGUAUACUAUGGCUAUGAACCCGAGAAGCGAGCUCAAUACAAGGAAUUUGUAGCGCAGUGCUUAGGAAUCGAUGAAGCUGAAGCGAAAUCAUUCUGGACGUCUCAAUUCAAAGGCUCGCCGACUAUCUUCCCCCAAGUUGACCCAGGAUACGUUCCUCUCGCAACGCACGCCGAGAAGCGCAAGAUAUUUCUACCCCAGAUGGGUACAGAAGUCCCUAUUGCCCACAUUCCUGCAAUUAUUGAGACAGCAUGGACUUUAACUGCUUCUACUUAUACUACGUCUGACAGUAUUGCUUUUGGUAUCGUUCUCUCCGGCCGAAGUGCCGCAUUUCCUGCAGCGCAGACAACAUUGGGACCAACAAUAGCUAUCGUUCCCGUUCAGGUAAACCUGCAGCAUGGUAUGAAUAUAGAAGGAAUCCUUAGAGAAAGAACAGCAGCCCGUCGGCAGCUCCAGACACAUCAAGCUUUGCAAUAUGGAUUAACGAAAAUUCGUGCUGUAAGUGAAGCGGCUCAAAUAGCUGCGGGUUUUCAAACUUUACUCAACAUUCGACCGCGCUGGUAUGACUCUAAAAAGUCAUCGGAAAUAUGUUACAAUGAGAUGCAUGAGCCGUACGAACCUUUUGCACUUUCCCUAUCAUUCGAUCUUGUGGAUACAGAGGUCCUUGUAAAUGCAGUGUCGGAUCCAAAUGUUUUAUGUGAACGUCAGUUGGGUAGAAUUCUGCAUCAGCUCGAGCACUAUGUACAAUCGCUCAUGGAAGCGUCUCGCCAAAAAAAGAUUGACUUUCUGCCACGAGUGAAUCCUCAUGAUUUGGAGGAAAUUCUAGCAUGGAAUUGCACGGCACUACAAACAGUGACGGUGGAAAGAUGCCUCCAUGACCUCUAUACCGCCAAAGCCCAGGAGCAGCCAACUGCUGUGGCGGUAGAUGCUCACGACGGAAGCCUGAGCUACUGUGAACUGGAAGAUAGGUCUAACCGCCUUGCUCACGAGUUGCGGCAAAAAGGUAUAUCGUCUGAGUCUACAGUUGCUUGCAUUUUUGAAAAGUCUCUCUGGACGGUCGUGUCGAUGAUUGGAAUAAUGAAGGCUGGCGGAGUAUGCGUCCCUAUUGCUGCGUCGGAUCCCCCUGCCCGAAAAGCAGCCCUCAUAUCUAAAGCGGACGCAAAGAUGGUCUUGACCUCAUCUGUUGAGCAUGUAAACUUAAUUGACUGUGCAUCAGAUGUCUUCGUUGUCAGCGCGGAGUCGGUCUCGAACCUUCCGGAGAUUUCUGCCUGCUACGACUGCGGGAGAAGCUCUCCUGAUAACCUCGCCUACCUUCUUUUCACAAGUGGCAGCACUGGACUACCAAAGGGAGUCAUGCUAGAACAUAAAUCCUUAGCUUCUUCACUCUGCUGCAUCAUUCAACGACUCGGCUUGAAUCCUCACAGUCGGACUCUGCAAUUCGCCUCGUAUGUGUGGGAUGUCAGCAUCGGUGAAAUUUUUGGAACGGUUCUGUCAGGCGGAUGUCUUUGCAUUCCUUCCGAGGAAGCUCGUGAAUCGAACCUCACUGGGUAUAUCCAGUCCAAAAAGGUGAACUGCGCAUGGCUGACACCUACCGUUCUUCGCACUCUAGAGCCGGACGAUGUGCCCAGCUUGCAGUUGCUUCUCUCGGUAGGCGAGGCGGUUUCCCCAGAAGCUUCGAGUACUUGGGGAAAAUCUUUACGCCUUAUAAACGGAUGGGGCCCUUGCGAGGCUUCUAUCCUCUCUACCAUAGCGGAAAUAACGCCUGAUUCACCCUACCCGAAGAGCAUUGGUACUCCGCUCAACUGUGCCACCUGGAUAGUGAAUACAAGGAACAUAAAUGAGAUCUCUCCUAUUGGUGCCGUUGGGGAGAUCCUGAUUGAAGGUCCCGGUGUCGCUCGGGGCUAUCUGAAAGAUGAUGCGAAGACGAAAAUAUCCUUCGUCAAACCGCCUCUCUGGGCUCCAACUCGAGGAGGAACGGCACGACAUUUCUACCGCACGGGAGACUUAGCUAAGUACAAUAUGGAUGGAAGCAUCCACUUUGUCGGCAGAAAGGAUCACCAAGUGAAGAUACGGGGCCAAAGGUUAGAGCUUGGAGAAGUAGAGAGUGUGCUUGCAGGCUGCAGCCAAGUGAGAGACGUUUUCAUCACAAUCAAAAUAUGUAAAGGCCGCACGGAACUUGUGGCUGUGGUGUCGUUGACCGAUCCUCUUGUACCUGGACAGGCAAUUUUACAAGAGCUAGCCAACGAAUACACCAAGGUCACCAUCCCACAUCUCUACGCCAUCAGGGAGUACGCGCAAUGCAGACUACCAUCUUUCAUGGUGCCGACUAUCUGGCUGGCAGUUGAAAGAAUGCCACGAACACCAUCAGCAAAGCUGGAUCGAGUCUCCAUCUCUGAGUGGUUGAAGACGAAGGAUCUCUUGUCAGCAAAAGAAACACUAGAUGUUGCGAUAGAGACGCUGACGCCACCGUGCACUUCAGAAGAGAGACUACUGCAGUCGAUCUGGAAGUCAAUUUUGGGCAUUCUAGAACGAAAUAUCGGGCGUGAGAGUCACUUCCGUCAACUCGGAGGUGAUUCGAUUCUUGCUAUGCAAGCAGCAGGUCAGUGCCUGAAGCGUGGCUAUAAAAUCUCUGCCGGAUCAUUAUUGAAAAGCACAUCUCUAGCUGAGGUCGCCAAAUCCUUAACCAAAAUAGAUCCCAUAGGCCAUGAAUCUGUCGCAACACCCAAAUCGUCAUUCCACGAUGAAGACGUGGGUAAACAAACGUCAAUCUUUUGGGAUUAUGUCCUGGCUCGUGUUCCAGAACUUACUCGGUUGAAUCGACAAUUCAGAAGUGAAAACAUAGAGGUCAUUGUUCCAGCUACAAAUGGACAGGAAGUCAUGAUUGCAGCUGGGGAAAGUGGAGGCAGAGGAUAUUAUGUCCAGUUCGUGCUGGACUUCAGACCCGGCCUAGACGUCACACGAAUCCGAAGAGCCUGCGGACGGGUUAUUCGGCAAAACCCGAUACUGCGUACUGUAUUUGUUCGACAUCGAUCGGCUCUCUGUCAGGUUGUACUUAAAGAUGUACCCCCGCAAAUGGUCGUCGAAAGAAGGGAGUUCACGCCAGCGGUUUCGUUCCGUGAAGGUGUUGCCUUGGCAUGCUUUCAUUUGAUUUCUGAUGGACAGACUUGCGAGCAAUUAUACUUAGAGAUUCAUCACAGUCUAUAUGAUGCCGUCUCUCUGAGAAUGAUAUUUCAAGAUCUUGACUCCGCAUAUGAGGACAAAUCACUAUCAGAUGGGCCAAGUUUUCAUUCUUGGGUAUCGUACAUUGAAACACUUGAUCUAACCGCUUCACGAGAAUUCUGGAAGGGCGUCUUAGAUGGCGCUUCGAUGUCGUUUUUAGUGCCACUGGUACCAGGAGCGACACGAGGUCACCCGCUGGAUGAGAAUAUAAAAAUUCGUGUUCCCAUGCGAAAUGUGACGAUGUCGUUUGGAACACCCUCGACCGUGGUAAAAGCAGCAUGGGCACUUCUCCUUUCUAUCGCCUUAGGAUCAAGGGAAAUCGUCUUCGGAGAAGUCAGCACAAACCGCUAUUUGACCUUGCUCGGAAUGGACAAAGUGAGAGGGCCUUGCGUCAACCUAGUGCCAGUUAGAGCGGGCCUCAAUCCGACAAUGACUUUGGCCUCUUUGGUCGCCCAAAUACAGGAUCUUUCAAUAUCCGGAAUACCUCACCAUCACCUUGAAUCCAGAUCUAUCAUUGAGGACUGUACUUCAUGGCCACGUUGGACUCGGUUCAGCACCGCCGUUGUCUAUCAAAGCCAUGAUUAUCUUCUAAAGACGUUCAGAAUCGGUGGCACGAAUGUUACACUUUCAACUAGUGGCAAGCUGGGAGAUUCUACUGAUAUACACGUAGUAGCGAUCGCGGGUUUUGGGGAGCUGGAAAUCGAGUUACUCUAUUCCUCUCUGACAUUCCCGUACCAGCAAAUUCAAUGGAUAACCCAGUGUUUCGCUAAAAUCCUGGAAUUUUUCCCUUCCCGCUUGCAUGCGACUCUCACUCAAGUUGAAACUAGCAUUCAUGAUGCUCUUGGUUGCUUCGCUGUGCCCCUAAGCUACAAAGUCCCACUAGGCAGUCCGAAUGAGCUUCCAACAUCUCCAUCAGCCUCAGCACAAAACGUCGUCUUACGGGCCUGGAAAGAAGUUGGCCUGUCUUCAAAGGAGCUAGACAAAGACUCCUCAAUGUGGGAAUGCGGAGCCAACAUUGUAACCUCUCUUCUGCUAUCCGAAUACUACCGUGCUUGUGGCUAUGACAUCAGUACUGAAGACAUCAUUGCCAGUCCCAGUCCGUUAAUGCAGUCCUACUUGGUGGAUGCCCAUAAUUGUGAAAAUAACAAAAUUGAGGAUCCUAUGAAUGGUGCUGACGGAAAAUUGGAGAUUCACAUUCCACGCACUUUCACAAACGAGCGCCCACCUGUACAUUUUACCAAGGAGAACCUCGACAUGCGUCUAAAUGAGCAUCACAUCGCGUCAACCUUGCCACGAGCAACGGGGAAGCUUGUCACGUUUCCGAGUCCGCGGGCAUUUAACUCCAUUGCAUUGGGACCUGGCUCCCCUCGCAACUUCGACGACUAUAUACAUUUAGACAUUCCACAGUUCGCGCUUCACAUCAAGACGUUCAAAGACGGUACCCUUGUGAGUAUAAUCCAUUCUCAUAUGUCAGCCGACCUCAUGGGACUUGCUGCAGUGGUUAACGCGUGGAGUCUUGUUCUGGCCGGGAAACCGGACAUGGUGCCUCCAUUCAUUGGCCUCCACGAAGACGGGAUGAAAAGCCUCUAUGACCCCCAACCGAACGAGAAGCAUAUAUUGUCCGGGAAAAAGCUGGCGGGCUGGCGACUUGCUUAUUGGGGUCUAUGGUCUUUGUAUGAGUCAUGGAGCUCCCAUCUGGAGUCGAAAAUUCUCUGCAUUCCCAAGAACACAAUGGAGAGAUUGAUGUUGGAAUGCAGGAAAGACAUCCGGCCUGAAAAUAAUAUUGAUGGUACUGCCAAAGGGUCUUUUAUAAGUGAAGGUGACGUGCUAGCUGCACUAUUUUGUCGAAUGAUAGCGCAGGAUCAGCGUUUUGGUUCAACCCGUAACAUUAUGACCCUGAUUGCUGUCGAUCCUCGCUCUCGGGUGAAGUCUGUAUUUAGCCAAAACUCUGUCUAUGUGCAAAAUUCUCCAACAGCUGUCUUCUUCAAUUGCCCUGCGAAGGAAGCCCUUGAGUUGCCGUUGGGGAAAUUGGCGUCACUAUCCCGCGAAGCCAUCAUGACUCAAGCCACAGAAGAGCAGUUGAAGGCACAUGCCUCUCUUUCAGCAGAGUCGGUCCGAGUGAGCCACAUGAACGUGUUAUUCGGUGACAAAGACAUGGCAUUCCAACUUGUAUCAAAUUGGCUCAAAGGGGAUCUCUUUGAUAAAAUGGAUUUCAGUCCUGCAAUACUGAAAGAAGCGCCAGAAAAUGUGCUCGGAGGGUCGCGCGGCCAUCCAACAUACUACCACUGCACGAAUCCAGGAAGUGAUGCACCUCUUCUUCUUCCUCUCUGCGUAGUCAUGGGAAGGGACUACGAGGGGAAUUUAUGGCUGUCUUGUGUGAUUCCAAAGCAAACGUGGCCAAAACUCGUGGAGCACCUACACGCCUUUGAGCACUAGGAGAAAGCUUUUCUUGGACUCUACCUAUGUAAAUAAGUCUUGCUGAGCGGCCCGAGAACUAACUCUUUAAUUACACCGUUGAUGCCAGCUGUAGUAGCCCUACCUCUGAUAUGCUGGAACAUAUUUC